AUGUCGUAUGCCUCUCCCUCGUUGGCGCCUUCUUCAACCACUGCCAGUCUAAGCUCGUCUCCAACACCAUCCGCUGCUCUGUAUUCCUGGAAUCCUCCUGCAAAUAUAAGCGACCUAACACCUUUCAAUAUCACCUACUUCCCAAGCGGCCAAGACAACCUCCACAUCGUCUCCCCCUCAAGCAACCAAACCAACAGCACCGGCGUCCUUUCCAUCAGCUCCUUUACCAACCUGAACCUAACCGACGACGACAGCGCGCUCGAGCUCUUUUACCCCGCGCACUCCAUCAACCCUGGGAAUUCGCCGCAGGGAGGAGCGGAGUUCUACGCGCAGCCGCUGGAUCUUUCGAAUGCCUCUAGCGUGACGCUGGAGUACAGCGUGUUCUUCCCAGAUGACUUCGACUGGGUGAAGGCGGGAAAGCUUCCCGGUAUCUACGGCGGCCAUACGGGCUGUUCUGGAGGCGACGAUGCCGACGACUGUUUCAGUACCCGGCUCAUGUGGCGUGAAGGCGGCCUUGGUGAACUGUAUCUGUAUGCGCCGAGGGACAAGCAAGCAAAAUCCGUCUGCGAGACCCCACCCCAGUCCGUAUGUGACUCUGAGUAUGGUCUGUCCAUAGGGCGGGGUUCCUUCAACUUCACCAAGGGCAACUGGACGCACGUUCGACAGACUGUAACCCUCAAUACGCCUGGGAUGCAGGACGGAGCUUUCGUCCUUGAAGUCAACGGGCAGCGGGCGAUCAAUGGCUCCGAGAUAUUCUAUCGAGGCUUUCCCGGAUCCGACAGUAAUACAAAAGGCGGCCUCCUGGGCACAUUUUUUGGCGGCCAUGAACCGGAGUAUGCGACGCCGAAAGACCAAUAUACGUGGUUCAAAGGCUUCAAUCUUACAAUUGAUUCAUAG